GCAAGUAGAAGGAUUUUAUCCCAACAAGAGAUUGAAAACAAAAGCUUUUCAAGAUAAAAAGGUAAAUCCUAACAAACUAAUAAAGGAAAACAUUGAGCAGUUUUUGGAUUUGUCCAGACAAAAGGAAUUAACAAUGAGUCAAAGCAGCAAGGCGUCGACUUCUCAUUCUGCAAAUGAAGAUUUACAAAUGACCUUAGCUAGAGAGACAAAGAAGCUCGAAGGCAUCUUGAAACAAAUUGGCAUGAUGUCUAUUGAGAGACAGUCUCAUAUUAAAACAAUUGAGGAGCUGAAAAUUCAAGUUAUAAACGUAGAAAAAGUUGCACUUGACAAAGACAAGCUCCUUCAGGACAAAGACGAGGAAUUACAAAAACUAUUCGACGUAAACAGAACUUUAAAGGAGAAUAUCAACACAUUGGAGCAGAAAAACAAAGACUUGAGUCAGAAAAACACCACUCUGGAGCAGAAAACCACUGCUUUGGAGCAGAAAAACACCACCCUGGAAGAGAAAAACACUGCCCUAGAGAAGGAAAGAAAUACCCUGGAGCAGAAAUACACCUCCUUGGAGCAGGACAAAAGCGCCUUGGAGCCAAAAAAUACUGCCCAGGAGCAGAAAAACACCAGCUUGGAAAAAGAAAAGAAUACCGUGAAGCAGGAAAACACUGCCUUGGAGCAAAUAAACAUCGCACUGAAGCAGGAAAACGCCGCUUUGGAGAAUAAAAGCACCUCCCUGGAGCAGAGGAACAUCGCCCUAGAGAAGGAAAAGACUGCUCUGGAACACAGAUACACUGCCUUGGAAGAGGAAAAAAAUGCCUUGGAACAGGAAAAAAUUUCUCUAGGGCAGAAAUACAUCACGCUGGAGCAAGUAACCAUCGCCCUGGAGAAGGAAAAGACUGCUCUGGUGGAAAAAAGCAUCUCCCUGGAGCAGAGAAACACCACCCUGGAGAACGAAAACACUGCUCUGGACAAGAAAAGAAGCACCACCCUGCAGCAGAAUACCACCGCCUUGGAGCAUAAAAACACCACCCUGGAGAAGGAAAAGACUUCUCUGGAACACAGAUACACUGCCUUGGAACAGGAAAAAAUUGCUCUAGGGCAGAAAUACACCGCCCUGGAGAAGGAAAACACUGCUCUGGUGGAGAAAAGCACCACCCUGCAGCAGAAUAUCUCUGCCUUGGAGCAGAAAAACACUGCCUUGAAGCAGGAAAAAAAUGCCCUGGAGCAGAAAUGCACCUCCCUGGAACAGGAAAAAAGCACUUUGAAGCAAAUAAAUACCACCUUGGAGAAUGAAAAGACUGCUCUGGAGCAGAGAAACACCAGCUUAGAAAAAGAAAAAAAUACUGUGACGCCGGAAAACACUGCCUUGGAGCAAAUAAACACCGCACUGAAGCAGAGAAACACCGAACUGGAGCAGAGAAACACCGAACUGGAGAAGGAAAAGACUGCUCUGGAGCAAAACAGUACCGCCUUGGAGCAGAAAAUCACCACCCUGAAGCAGGAAAACACUACCCUGGGGCAGAGAAACAUCGCUCUGCUGAAGGAAAACAACACAUUCAACCAGGUAAACACUGUCUUAGAGGAGGAAAACAGCUUCUUGGAGCGGAACAGAGCCUCCUUGGAGCAGAUAAAGACCGCCCUGGAGCUGAAAAGCACUGCUCUGGAGCAGAAAUGCUCUCUCUUGGAGGAUGCAAACACUUCCCUGCAGCAGGAAAACACUGCCCUGAACCUGAAAAGCAUCGCCCUGGAAAUUAUAAACAACGCCUUUGAACAUGAAAACAUACGCCUGCAGCUUGAUGUGGACCAGCUGAGGGAAAGAGUGGAACAGCAGCCAUCUGAUGAGGAAACCGACGAAGCAGCUUCAGACCAGUCACAGAUGCCUGUACUCAGUCGUGCGAUCAGAGGCUUAUCUAAUGCACUUCUGAGAAUGUACCGAACAGCGACUCUCAGGUACUGGAUUGAAAGAUGGUACUUCUAAAUAAAAAAGUGACAUGAGGGCUUCAAGCUUCCUGCUGGAUUAUCGGUAGCAGAAAAGAUUGAGGACAACAGGACUGUGGUGUCGGGGGAGCUGGACACCUGGGGGCUGAUGGCAGAAGAAGAGUUUGAACGAUGUUGGCAGAGCUUGAGGCCCAAAGGACUGCGGUGCCAUGGGAACUUGAGGCCAUCGAACUCAGGUCUCCUUCGUCAGACGAUUCCUUUGUCGCCAGGUUACAGACACUUAUUUAUAUUUUGAACUCUAGUUUUGUUUAUAUUUUAGUUAGGGGUCGGAUGAGGAGCAUGGGGCCAGCAGUGACUCCCGGCCUGCAUCCAGGGCUUCAUAUCCUGUCCUGUUGGCAGGACAGGAUAUGAAGCCCUGGAGGUUCAUAGCCAACCUCCAGGGCUCAUAGCGAGUCCUGGAGGUUCGCUAGCU